AAGUUGUUGAAUCGAUAAAUCGAAACGGUGGAGCAGGAGACUUGGAUUCAGUAUUGCAAUUGGUUAGCAAGAAAAACAUACCCAUAUUUAAAUACAAUGUCUCAAAGGAAUGAUGGACAUGUUCCGGCAGAGGAAAGUGAUUUGUUGCUAAUAAAGCCACUUGGUGCUGGACAGGAAGUAGGCCGGUCCUGCAUAAUGUUGGAAUUUAAAGGAAAAAAGAUUAUGUUAGAUUGUGGAAUUCAUCCUGGAUUGUCAGGAAUGGACGCCCUACCUUAUGUGGAUUUGAUUGAAGCCGAUGAAGUAGAUUUGUUAUUUAUAUCUCAUUUUCAUUUAGAUCAUUGUGGAGCGCUUCCUUGGUUUUUGAUGAAAACCAGUUUCCGAGGACGUUGUUUCAUGACCCAUGCAACAAAGGCGAUAUAUAGAUGGAUGUUGUCGGAUUAUAUUAAGAUUAGUAAUAUUUCCACCGAACAAAUGCUUUAUACAGAAGCUGACUUAGAAGCUUCCAUGGAAAAGAUAGAAACCAUAAAUUUUCACGAAGAACGCGAUGUUAUGGGUGUUCGAUUCUGUGCUUAUAAUGCUGGCCAUGUGCUUGGCGCUGCAAUGUUUAUGAUAGAAAUAGCAGGCGUAAAGAUUCUAUACACUGGCGAUUUUUCCCGGCAGGAAGAUCGCCAUUUAAUGGCAGCAGAAAUACCAAACAUGAAACCGGAUGUCUUAAUAACAGAAUCCACUUACGGCACGCACAUUCAUGAGAAAAGAGAAGACAGAGAAAAUCGCUUUACUUCUUUGGUGCAGAAAAUUGUCACUCAGGGUGGCAGAUGUUUAAUCCCAGUAUUUGCAUUGGGAAGAGCUCAGGAACUUUUGUUGAUAUUAGACGAGUACUGGUCACAGAACCCCGAACUUCAUGAUAUACCUAUUUACUACGCAUCUUCGCUUGCUAAGAAAUGUAUGGCUGUGUAUCAGACCUACAUCAAUGCUAUGAACGACAAAAUUCGACGACAGAUUGCCGUGAAUAACCCCUUUGUAUUUCGUCACAUAUCAAACCUUAAGGGCAUUGAUCAUUUCGACGAUAUUGGACCAUGCGUAGUAAUGGCAUCUCCUGGCAUGAUGCAGAGUGGUCUAUCUAGAGAAUUAUUUGAAAAUUGGUGCACGGAUCCGAAAAACGGCGUAAUAAUCGCUGGCUACUGUGUAGAGGGAACUUUGGCAAAAACCAUUCUUUCGGAACCUGAGGAGAUAACGACAUUGUCAGGACAAAAACUACCCUUAAAUAUGUCAGUCGAUUAUAUUUCCUUUUCGGCGCACACGGAUUACCAACAAACCAGUGAAUUUAUACGCCUUUUAAAACCGCAGCAUGUGGUAUUAGUGCACGGAGAGCAGAAUGAAAUGUCCCGACUUAAGAUGGCCUUGCAACGAGAAUAUGAAGCAGAUCCAAAUAAUGAUAUCAAGUUUUACAAUCCUCGUAAUACUCACUCUGUAGAAUUAUAUUUUCGUGGAGAAAAAACAGCAAAAGUUAUGGGUACAUUAGCUGCAUCUAAACCAGAAGUCGGAAAUAAAUUGUCAGGUGUAUUGGUUAAGCGUGAUUUCAAAUAUCAUCUGCUCUCUGCUUCGGAUUUAUCAAAAUAUACAGACAUGAGUAUGUCUGUCGUGACACAGCGUCAAUCCAUACCGUGGAAUAGCUCAUUGAGUACAUUGCAAUUACUGUUGGAUCGUAUUGGUGGAGCUGGUACGGUCCAGGUGUUGGAGGAGGACAAACGAAUUCGAGCAUUCGCAUGUAUAGAACUCACCGUAGAUGCAAAAAUUAUUGUUAUGGAGUGGCAAGCUACCCCCGUAAAUGACAUGUUUGCUGAUUCCGUUCUUGCUUGCAUUAUGCAGACUGAAAUGGGAGGUACCAAUAUAAAGGGCACAACUGGCCAAUCAAAAUCAGACCGCACACAUUUUAAAGAAUGUCUUUUAGAAACAUUACAAGACACAUUUGGCGAAAACUGUAUUCCCAAAAUGUUCAAAGGUGAUAUUCUAGUAGUAAGCGUCUCUGAUAGACAUGUGGAGGUUAAUUUGGAAACAUUGGCUGUCACAACUACUGAUGAUGAGAAUCUACGCCAAAUUAUAAGUACUACUGUUCAAAAGUUAUAUCAGGCUCUAGUAUCCACUACGUAAUAACAAAAAUAUAUAGAUUGUUUUAAGGGAGAAACUCUCAUAAAAUUAUUUUUUUAAUUAAAUGGAAAAUCUGA